AUGUUCUGUUUAAAUUUAAGAACCGACGAUGAUCUGCUUUGUGAUGAUAAAGGCUGUAAGGUGAAGGUGGAUUUAAACGAUUACGUGCAGAUUGAACGAGCGCUAAAAUUCGGCAUUCAAGUGAGACUUAAACUUUUUAUUUAUAAAAAAAGAACAACAUUUCUUCGAAUCUCCGGUACCUUCAAAGGAAAAGACGUGACGCAUAUAGUCUUUUCGAAGGGCAGUAUGCAGGCAACUCUGCUCGUUCACCGAGCUAGCGAUGAAUAUCCGCAGAGACAAUGGCGAGUUCAAUACACAAGUCCUCAUAUGCUUCCCAUAACAGGAAACUAUAGCAUAGCUCAGCCAAUUCAGGUUAUAUUGCCUUUCUUUGCAACUGAGAUACCUGAGUUUACUGCUUACUUUGGCCCAGACAAGGUUGACAAUGUAUUCACAUCUGACAAUGAUAACGAAGGUGUUCUGGUGAAAUUUACAGGAAGUCGGAGCACCCUAAAAGUGCAUGGAAAGGUAAUUGCAGUGCCCUAUCAGAUUGAAUUCCACGGGGAGACACCAAACGAGUACUUCACCAUUUCUUUACUCUCUUCUACCUCUCUAAAAUUUAAUUCAUUUCUGAUUUUAAUAGCCCUUAUCACAACUGCAAUUUCCACUCUUUAA